UAUAAUUAAAAGAAAGAUGGCCGUCUGUGUUGCUGUCAUUGCAAAGGAGAACUACCCUUUAUACAUAAAGGCAGCAUCGGCAGAAAAUGAGUUAAAGUUCUACUACACGGUGCACACUUCACUAGAUGUGAUCGAGGAGAAGGUCAACAAUGUCGGCAAGAAUGCCAACGAAUUACGAGAACUGUAUCUUGGACUGUUGUAUCCGACUGAAGAUUAUAAAGUAUAUGGAUAUGUAACCAAUACUAAAAUAAAGUUUGUGAUAGUUGUUGAAUCAUCCAACACAACAUUACGGGAUAAUGAAAUAAGAAGUAUGUUCAGAAAACUGCACAAUGCUUAUGUGGAUAUGGUGUGUAAUCCUUUCUACAUUCCUGGGGACUCUAUAUCCUCCAAGACAUUCAAUAGCACUGUGCUGUCCAUGUUGCAGGAGUGAUUGUUGACAGACAUGAGGUAGCUGUAGUGAUGGCUCGAUGAUCAAUAUAAUCAAAUAAUCGUCAAUGGGUGUCCACAACCAGCAAUUAUCAUUUGUGGUCAUUAGUGAUUAACUUUCUUCUAACUUUAUACAUAAGUUGACAUAAAUUACGUGUACAAUGUUAUUUGUUGAGAAUUAGCAGCAUGUUCCCAAAUUGAUGCUAUGAAUGCAUCUGCUUAAUUUAAUCCAAUAAAUUGGUCCUAUUUUCAUACAGUGUUUCAAUUAGCAUAAAAAGUUUAAGUCAUUCCUAUGUUAAAUACAAAAUACGCUAUCAAAUACUUCUGAUUCAAUGUAGUUUUUUUGUGUUUUUUAGUUUUUUGUCCUUAUAACCAUACAUGUUUAAAGGACCACAAUAUAGGUUGAUGAUAAAAUUUAUUUUUUUAGUUAGAAUGCAUGAUUAUGUUUAUCUCAUUUGACAUUAAUGCUGAAACCAAAAAUUUCAUAUGAUUGAGAUUCAGAUAAAAAAUAUAUAUAUGUGAUAUUUGGCUCUUUUUUAACUGUGGAAUUUGUGAAUAUACAGCAUAUAUAGCAACGAAUUAAAAAAAAAAAAACAUUAAUAAGGGCUAAUCUUGUUUUAUCUGUAACUAAAUGCAUUGUUUUGUUUUGAUCAUAAAAGUUUAACGUGUAAAACGUGAUAAUGCAUUCAAAAUCAUCUUAAGGCCUUCUUCAAUAAGAGGUGUUGAAUUUAAUAAAUAGUACGCACAAAACAAAAGUAAGAGUAUUUAGCAAGAUAUAUACCAAGAUUAUUAGACUUAAAAAAAAAAAAAUGUCUGUUUCGGGUAACCCGACCCUACCUAUAAAAAUGCGCCGACCCUAACUUUUUUUUUCCCGUUUCUGAGCAAAAAUAUACUCGUUAGUGAAUAGAAAGUUACGAAGGGCCGAUAAAUGCAGAUUUUAAUCAGAAUUAUUGUUUAUAUGAUAAAACAAAGUCAGGCAAUGACAGUAAUGUAGGAAAGACUGCCAUUUGUAAGAAAACACUCUGAACUUACAAGAUUUCGAAAAAAAAGAGAAAAAAAAUCCCUACCUAGAAAUUUUGGGAGUUACCCUAAACAAACAAUUUUAUUUGUUUUUGGCCUUACAUGUUAUUCCUUUGGGCCAUAAAAAUAUAUAAGAUUUUUUAAAUGUUUAUAAAAUUGAAUGUGUUACUUCAAUAUUGCUAUUUAAUGUAUUGGAAAUUAUUUUGUAAAUCCAUUCAGAACAUUUUCAUGUGAUGUUUUUUUUUUAUUUGACAAGUGGCUAUAGUGGUAUUAUAUACUCCUACAGUAUAACAAAAGGCCAUUCUUUCUAAAAACUAGUGUUCUAAUGAUUUCUACUUGUCUGCAGAAUGUAACGAGUCUUGACAGAAUUGUUAUUAUCACAAAUACCUUCGUUUAUGAGGAUACUAAAAAAAACUGCACUACAUGUUAAAAACCAUUGUUCUUUUUCCAACCAUUGUUCAUGUUCAUAGUUAAUGUUUAAGUUGCAAGAAGUCAUCAACUUAAUGUACAAUUGAUUUAUUUAUAGCUAAUCUGUUGGUCCGAGGUAUUGUCAUAGCCUUGGUGUCAUCAUCAUUGGUAGUGUCCUGCAAAAGCCUUGACCUUGGCUACAGCUACAAGAUAUUCAAACGAAAAUUGUUGCAAUACAUGUUUGCCAGCGACAAUAUGGUCAUGUACAGCAAGGGCCAUACCUCUGGGUUUAAUAUUUGUAUUGAGUUAUGCCCCUUUAAGACUGAAAUCAACAGAUAAGCAUUGGCUUUAGUUUCGCGGCACCUAUUGUCAUUAAUUAUCACAGUUACAAUAUAAAUCUGUUUGAAAUGUGCAAUAUUUUUAAUAAAUGUACAACCUGGUUUA